AUGUCGACUCCAUCAAGGAAGAGGUUGAUGAGGGAUUUCAAGAGGUUACAGCAAGACCCACCUGCAGGAAUAAGCGGUGCUCCUCAAGACAACAACAUCAUGGUCUGGAAUGCUGUUAUUUUCGGGCCUGAUGAUACCCCAUGGGAUGGAGGUACUUUCAAACUCUCACUGCAGUUCUCUGAAGAUUAUCCGAAUAAGCCGCCAACAGUUCGGUUUGUGUCACGGAUGUUCCAUCCUAAUAUUUAUGCUGAUGGGAGUAUAUGCUUGGACAUUCUGCAAAACCAGUGGAGUCCAAUAUAUGAUGUUGCUGCUAUACUUACCUCCAUUCAGUCGUUGCUGUGUGACCCUAAUCCGAAUUCUCCUGCAAACUCGGAAGCUGCUAGGAUGUACAGCGAAAGCAAGCGUGAGUACAACAGAAGAGUGCGUGAUGUUGUGGAGCAAAGCUGGACUGCUGACUAA